AUGAAAGGCGAGUCUGACGACACAAUACAGAGUGCACUGGCCUCUGCUUUCGGAAUAUGGCUGAAAGUUCUCUGCAGGAGGAUUCUCUGCGGGAGGUUGCGCGUGUUGCAUGCAGCUCAGCUUGCCGGGCUACUGUUGUUGCUGCUGUACGUCCUGUUCACGUGGCUUCAUUUUCCCGGGCCCAGUAGCCACAGCAAUUUGUCGCCAGAGUGCGAAAGCAACGGCAGUGACUGGAAUGCAGGGUGGGACAUGUCCAGCCCAGGCACUGAAGCGACGUUCGAAGCCUGCGCACUUAUCUACCCCAUGUCUCAUUCCGAAUUGGAAGAUGCGGUUCCUCAACUCAAGUCCUGUGUUGUCACCACGUACGCCACACAUUUCCAGCGGGUUAUGGAGCAGACGACUUGCCGCGCCAAGACUCUCGAGGAUGCUGACAUCAUCUGGAUGCCUGCAUACUUUGGCUGCAACUGCAAUUGGCCAACCUACGACGGUGGCAGGUGUGAGUCAACCGGGAACGCUGUCCGUCUCGGAAACAAGUGUGUGGAGGAGGUCUUGCUCGGGGUGGACUACAUCCUUAAAGAAGUGUGGAAAACUCGAAGCCAAAAGCAGCCACGUGUGGUGAUUCUGGACGACAAUGGCCACGAAGCUCCGGACUGUUGCAACUACUUUAGCAUUCCACCUGGGCUUUGGCAAGGCCAGCCCUGCUUCAACACGCACUUCCUGCCUGCUGAACACUAUCUGCGGCCCGAGCUUCUUUGGGCAUUCCGUGGUGCGACCUGGCCAAUGUACCGCAAAGGGAUUGACAUCGCUUUGCCCUCGCCACCUCACGCUGCGGCCUCUUGGCCACCAGCCAGCAGCCCUCUGAAGUCACGGAAAUACUUUGCAACCUUCAAAGGAAAGCUGUUGAUGCAUCCGAUACGGGUCUACACGCACAGGCAUUUCCACAACAAGACUUACGAGGGCAAAAAAGUGGUGAUUUCAGAGCGCAUGACCGACGAGUUUGUCCAAGGCUACGGCGAGGUACUGCACGAAACGGUCUUUUCACUACUGCUGCGAGGGGACACUCACUCGACUCACCGGUGGAACGACGUGGUUUGCUCAGGCUCAGUUCCGGUUCUCGUUACGGACUAUAUGGUUCCACCGUACAACGAACUGGUUCCUUUUGAAUCCUAUGGCGUUUUCGUGCGGGAGAGUCACAUUGACAGACUCAUGGACAUCCUCCAAGCUGUCAGCGAGGAGGAGCGGGAGGCCAAGCGCGCUGCUUCGCUGCGGGCCUGCCGGAACUUCUUUCAGACAGUGGAAGUCCAGGCCUUGUCCCUGCGAAGGCUGCUCGAGUCCCCACUGCCGCGACAGCGGAGAAAUCAAAAAGGGAAGUGUUCUGUUCAAGGAUUUCAUAUGUUCGGCCUUUUUGAGCUCCCGAGGAUGAUCCUGGUUGGCGUUUGCCUCCUGGGGUGCUGGGCCGCCCUGUGUUUACAUGGCUGCAGCCUGGAAGUCCGCAAGGAGAAGGCACGCUUGGAGCAGAAGAUCGCGGAACUGCAAGGUGCAAGCCAGCGAGAAAGGUACGGAUCUGGUCGAGGUGUCGUCCUCGUCGGCGGGUCAAACCACCACGUGAGCCAACAUACUCAUUCCUAUACCUUUGAUGCGCUGCUUUGUGUGGCGAGCCUUCGCCGCACGGGCUCCUCCCUGCCUGUGGAGCUCUGGCACCAGGGCGAUGCACACUUGCUCUCGGCAAAGCUUCCGGAGCACGUUUUUCUCCGUGACUUCCGGGAUGUGGCAUCAGAGAACCUGGAAGGAUAUGCGCUCCCUGCAGUGGCAAUGCUCCACUCCAGCUUCGAGGAGUUUCUCUAUCUGGAUGCGGACAACACAGUCCUCCUCGACCCAGCGCCCCUUUUCGAGAUCUCUGCGUAUACGACCCUGGGCGCAGUCUUCUGGCCAGACUUCCCGUCUUUCAGAAGAGACAGCUUGAUCUGGCAGAUGACAGACCAGCAAUACUACCCGCUGCAAGAGGUUGAGAACGGCCAGCUGCUGAUCCACCGGAAUAGGCAUUUGGCGAAGCUGGAGCUGGCCUAUUACUUCAGCAUGAACAAGGAUUUCUACUUCAAGAUCACACUGGGUGACAAGGACCUCCUGAUGAUGGCAUUCCUGGCCUUCUCCACACCGUUCCACCAGGUCUCCACACCAACUGGGGCCAUGGGCUAUACAACUGCAUCCGGUGCUUUCUGCGGUCACACGAUGCUGCAGCAUCAUCCUUCGCUCGAAGACUUGCCAGUAUUUGCCCACCGAAAUUUGCUGAAGUGGUCUGCCAACUUGGACCUGCACACCCCGUCGUGGACCGCUGUCAAGCGGGGGAGAUCCACUGCCCUCACGCCAGGGAAGCAGCCAGGCCACCAACAGCUCGCCCCUGGCUGUAAGUGCGAUGGCGCACACUAUGCCGACGAGAACUACUGCGUGGACUUAGACACAGACCAGGACAAAUCUGCCAAGGCCGGCAGUCUUCUGGAAACGGCUGCUGCACUGGAGCAGGAGCUUCUGAGGCUCCGGGAGGCGCUCCGAGCCGGGCCGACCCUGAGAAGCGACUGGUGGGUUCCCUGGGCCUCCUCCGUGCAGGCCCCUUCUCCGAGCGUGGCCUCCUCAUCGGGGGCUUCCUGGCUGGCAGCCUACCUCGCAAUCUGCCUGGAGUCGAUACCUGCCGAGGAGCUCGAGUUCGACACCUUGGACAACAAUGGAAGCGAAGCGUGGGCAGAGCAUCCCCACUCGAGCUCGGGGCGGCACAUCAGGUGCUUGGCCGAACACCCUGAGCUUCAUCGUAUGGCCCUCACGUUCUACGGCUACCCAGGGCCGAACGGAGUUUUCUCAGCCGCCUUGGGCCUCCGCUCCAAAGCACGAGCGGGAGCCGACCCCAGGCCGGCCUUCACCUUCGAAGCCAGCGAGGAGCGCUGCAGAAGAGGCUUGGCCUACCUGGAGGCUGAGGGCAUGUCCAAGUACGUUGACCUUCGCUGUGGCAUCCUCUGCGAGAACAUGACGGAAGAGGGCUGUCGCAGGUACUUGACCGGCACAGUGUGCCCGGAACGCCUGGACUUCCUCUCCAUCGACUUUGCUUUGGGCGUGCCGCCGCUGAUUUAUCGAAGUCUGCUCACGGCCUGCAGGCCGCGGGUCCUCUUUGCUGAGAACAGCGGCUUGAACUUGAGCAGCUUGCCAGGCCAGGAUGAUGAGUCGCACUCCAACUUCUCAGAGCACGACCCUACGUCCUGGCAUCACUGGGAGGACCAGCUGCACCAACUCGCUGCCCUUGGUCAACCCACCGAGUUGGGCUCUUACCGCCUCGCUGUAGAUCGUCGGCCCUCCGCCCUGGAUGCCGAGCGGUCACAGGGCGGCUUUUUCGGACUCUUCUCCAAGUCCCAAGACAGCGAGUUUCGGCGCUUCUCUGUGUAUGUGGCGGAGGACAGUGGAAUUGGGGAGGCUACAACGAUGCCGAAUGGUGGCCAAGCUGGUAGUGAGCUGUAG